UAGGUCUAUAGGGGGACGCAACUUUUACGUCACUUCCGGUUUCCCACGGUCGCCGCCAUUUUGUCGCGGUGAAAACAUCGUCUGCGCUAGGUGAAUACAAAUACACGUAGGUCUACACGCUAUAGCUAUAUCGAGAUCAGUAUUACCAGUGUAAUUGCGUUCAUUUUUCUAGCUCAAAAUGUCAUUCAACUACACGGAACAGCUCAGUUACGAUGCAAGGCACCGUUACAAAGUAAAGUUGGACUCCGUUGGCCUGGAAAAAUGCCCUUACAAGCAUCCAGCAGAUGUUUGGAUAGAUGAUCCAAAGGCUUGGCCGCGCAUUGAAUAUGCCGAUGUCUACUGCUACUUAGUUGAAAGCCACGGGCCAUUCUCACAUGCCACGAUGAAAAACUACCGCAGCUUGGAGGCGCACCAACAAUUUCAAUCAGGCUGGGUGCAGACUGUUUAUCAUCAGGUCACGUCCAAGGGGUUUAUCAUCUUCAGCGCAGCUGUCAAACCGUCUCAGCGCUUGAAUGACGCUGCCCACAGUCCCUGGGUGGCAACCGAUAAUACCGGACAGGUUGUUGCAGCUCACUGUACGUGUAUGGCGGGACUGGGGGAGUCGUGCAGUCAUGUUGCAGCAGUACUCUUCAAAGUUGAGGCAGCAGUACGUCUAGGAUAUACGACACAAGCUUGUACUGAUGUUGCCUGCCAGUGGAACAAUAGGUUCGUGUCAAAUGUUGAACCAGCAAAGAUUAGGAACAUUAAGUUUUACAAGGAGAAGGCAAAGGACAGCAUCAAAAAGGACAGUGUUAAGAAAAGGAAGUGGUCUCACUGCACCAAGGACGAAGAAGAUGCUUUUAUUUCUUCUCUCAUGGAAACCGACAAGAAACCGGUGGGACUUAGUUUGUUUGAGGGACUUCCUUGCCACCUAUUUAAAAGGAACCCAGCCAUGACACCCCAACGUAAACUCCCAGCUCCACUCCCAGCUCCACUCCGUUCCUACUACACGCAAAGCACUGAACUCCAACCACAGAAAUUCACAGACCUUCAUCAGAUCACCAUAUCAAAGGAAGAGAUCGUCGAGAUCGAGAAGGCCACAGAAAAACAAGCGGACAGCGUGGUCUGGCAUGACCAGAGAGCUGGCCGAAUCACUGCAUCACGCGUGUACGAUGUCCUCCACACAAAUCAAGAUAACCCAGCAAAGUCAGUUCUCCUCAGUAUAACAAACCCCAACAUAGCCCCAAUCAACACUGCUUCCCUGAAGUAUGGUAGGGAUAACGAAUCUCAUGUACUUGAGGAAUAUUCUCGAACAUGCAGCCACAAUGACAUAAAGAUCACUCACACUGGACUACGACUGGAUGCAGAGCGUCACUGGCUUGGGGCAAGCGCCGAUGGACUUGUGGAGUGCAGCUGCCACGGAAAAGGAGUGAUAGAAAUUAAGUGCCCCUACUCUGCAAGAAGCAUGUCAAGAGAGGAAUACCUCAAGAGCGAGUACUGCUGCCUAGAUGCGAACUCCAACCUUAAGUAUGGACAUCGCUAUUACGAUCAAGUUCAGAUGCAGAUGCGUGUUUACAAUGUUGAUUACUGUACAUUUAUUAUCAAAGUAGGGAACGAACUCAUGAUUAACCAAGUGCAAUAUAAUGAUUUUUAUGUACAUGCUGUUGUCUCAAAGCUUGAGAAGUUUUGGAGAGCGAACAUUAUAUGUGAACUUGUAACCCGGGUAGUAGAAAUAAGGAAGAGCAAAGAAGAUGUGAAAAAGAUGGAUGGAGAUACUCUGUUCUGCUACUGCCAGGAGCCAUACGACCAAAAUGACGACAGUCCGGACAAUGUAAUGGUCGGCUGUGAUGGUGCAAAGUGCAAAUAUGAAUGGGUUCAUCUACGAUGUAUUGUUCCGAAACGAAAGACAGUACCUAAAGGAAGAUGGUACUGCAAGGGCUGUAAAAAUGCUUAAAGGUGUCCUUGAUGUUCGUAUUUUGUUGCCAUGCAUACCUAGUUGCUAACAAAUUUGUAACAAUAUUUUUGUGAAAUGUUUUCUCUUUUCAAAAAUUAUAUUUGAACACUUCAUUGGCAAUGGAUCGUGGAAACAAAUCCCUUGGCUUUUCAGUUUAUGCAUGAAGUCUGUAUGUGUUAUGCACAUGAUAGGUGUUUUAGUCCACACCUGACGUUUAACUUUUUUUUAAAUUACCGUAAGCAAGAUAAAACACUAUUUGACAGUGUACAUGGGUACGUACAUGUAGUACAUAUCUUUUUUUAAAUGCGAAGGUAAAGAUUUUAUGAUUGUGAUUGAUGUUAAUCAAGUUCACUUUAUAACCUUUACUUGGUCUUCGAAGAGACGCUUUAUAUCA